AUGGCUCAAUUUUGGAACCCGGCGUACAGUUGUUUCACCUUCGGGAAGGUGGACUUGGUGCCUACUGUGGAGGAGUAUACGGCUUUGCUUCGUUGUCCAAAGGUUCAAGUCGAUAAAGUUUAUUCCAAGGCUGCUAGUGCCCCAGCUUUUGUAAAGAUGUUAAUGAGUAUCAUUGGGAUGAGUGAACAAUGGGUUAUAGCUCGAAUUCAGCAAAAGGGUGAUGGUAGGUGCAUUCCUUGGGUAAGUUUGAGGGACCUGAUCGUGGCACAUCCAGAUACAAAGAGGAAAGUUGACGUCUUCGCCUUAAGUAUCUAUGGUUUGGUGAUUUUCCCCAAGGCUUUAAGGCAUAUAGAUGAAGAAGUUGCUGAUUUCUUUGAUCGACUUGAUAAAGGGGUCACACCGGUGCCUUCAAUUCUUGCUGAAACAUUCAAAUCCUUGAGUGCAUGUCAGAGGGCAAGUGAAGGUAGAUUUAUUGGGUGUGUGCAGUUAUUGUUGGCUUGGUUCCACAGCCAUUUCUGGAAGGUAGAUAAGGUUUCCUAUCGGGUUUUUUCUGAGAGUUACUUCCAGUUAAAGGAGAUAGCAGCCAUGUCUAGGAGAGAUGACAUAUCAGAAGAAAAUUGGGUUGCGCUUCUCCGAAAUAUUCAGGAAGAGAAUGUUGAGUGGAUAGCUCCUUGGUUUGUUCCUGAUGAGAUUCUCUGUAGGUGUGGGAGUUUUGAUUGGGUACCCCUACUUGGAACUUGGGGAGCUACUGGAUAUGCCCCUUUGCUCGUUUUAAGACAAUACAGGUCAAGGCAGUUUGUACCAGUGACACAUGGAUUAGCCCAGAGUGAGUACGCUUAUAAGGAGAAAAAUUAUAAGAAGAAAGUUCAAAAGAUUUCUGAUGCUUGGAAACAGACAAGCCGGAUGAAGAGAUUGGCUGUUGGACCAAUGAAGACUCCUGAAUACAAGGGGUGGUUGAGUAAAAGAGUUAAUGAUAAUAUCCCUGAGCUGAGUUUGGAGGAUGUUCUUACGAUGGAAGAAUAUUUGCAAGUAAUCCCCUCCGAGCUUGAAAUCGUAAAACGGGACUUCGAAGAGAGAAAUGCGGAGUUAGGGAAAAAGAUAUAA